AUGAACAGUGAAAGCAAUUUGGAUUUAGCCAGCAGGUUGAAAUGGAUUAUAUUCGGAUUAUUGUGGCAUUCUUCUCUAGCUUAUAACUUUCCAUCGUAUACAAACCAUCCGUGUAAACGAGAAUGUCAGGACGAUACAGUACCAAUGAAAUGUCACUAUCAUUUUACCCUCGAGUACUACUAUACGCUUAGUAAAGCAUGCUAUAACUGUCCAUUCAAUGUAACAGAUUGUAGUCGACAACAUUGUAUCACGGCUGAUGGCAUCUCCAGACCUGUACUCGUGGCCAAUAGAAUGUUACCGGGACCCGGAAUACAUGUGUGUCUGGGUGAUAUCAUAAUAGUAAAAGUGACCAAUAAACUGGCCGGAGCUGAAGGAACUACAAUACACUGGCAUGGUGUUAUACAGCACGGAUCGCAGUUUAUGGAUGGUGUUCCUAUGGUUACUCAAUGUCCUAUAGCUUCACAUACCUCAUUUACAUACAGAUAUGAAACAAAACAAGCAGGUACCAUGUUUUGGCAUGCUCAUUCUGGUGUCCAGAGAUCAGAUGGGAUAUUCGGAGCAUUGGUGAUACGAGAACGACCGUCCAAAGAACCGCACUACCACCGUUACGACUACGAUCUUCCAGAACAUACAAUAAUCGUCAACGAUUGGUUAGAGGAAUUGACCAUUCAGAAGUUCGCUGCUCAUCACCAUGAUGACGGUGACAACAAACCACGAUCAGUUCUAAUAAACGGGAAAGGUAUUUUAGAAACUUUUAGAGAUCAUAUAACAGGGAAAGAAUUCACGACGCCACCAGAAAUAUUUUAUGUGGAACAGAGCAAGAGAUACCGCUUCCGGGUCGCUAGUAAUGGCGUGCUGAACUGUCCGCUACAAAUUUCUAUCCAGGACCACCAGUUGCUGAUGAUAGCGUCAGAUAGUUAUCCAUUUCAACCAGUUAUCGUCAACUCAUUCAAUAUAUUUGCUGGAGAACGGUAUGAUUUCGUGGUGCUGACAGAUCGAGUAGUGGAUAAUUAUUUUAUACACGUUCGUGGAUUGGCAGAUUGUGGUUCUCAGUUUAAACAAGCCAAGCAACACGCUGUGUUAAAAUACCGAGGUGCUCAGGAUAUCUCGUUUGGUCCUCAUAGACCUGAUUAUGAUGCUGGGAGACGAGAAGGUGUGCGUCUUAACCCUUGGAAUCGUCGAGCAUCACCAACUCGAGUUUCUCUAACAAGUUUAUAUUCCUUGGUAGAAGAUGAUGAUGCUUUGAAAUGGAAGCCUGAUAAGAAGUUCUACAUCGCUAUGGACUUCAACGUAAUCGAUAACAAGAAUUUUCAUCAUCCACUCUUCUACUCCAUUUUUGAUGUGGUGAAACAGAAAAAGUUGUUGUCGCCUCAGAUGAAUCACAUCUCAACAAUUUUCCCGCCUUCACCCCCUCUUGGACAAUGGAUGGACCUGGACGAGUCUAUUUUCUGUAACAAUGAAACUUUAAGAGUGAACUGUUCACUGGAAUAUUGUCAGUGUGUUCAUAGAAUACAGGUGGAGCUUGGCGAUGUAGUUGAAUUGGUAAUGGUGGAUGAAGGUGUUCCAUUCAAUGCCAAUCAUCCCAUGCAUUUACAUGGACAUGCAUUCCGGGUGGUAGCAAUGGAUAGGCUGGGUAAUAUGACAUCAGUAGACUACGUGCGCCAUCUGGAUAAUCAAGGAUUGAUUGAACGGAAGUUACACGGUGCUAUAAAGAAAGACAGUGUCACAGUUCCAGACGGAGGAUAUACUGUCCUUAGAUUUCAUGCAGAUAAUCCAGGAUUCUGGUUGUUUCAUUGCCAUGUGGAAUUUCAUAUUGAAAUCGGCAUGGGUCUUAUAAUUCAAGUAGGGCAUACAAAUCAAAUGCCACGCCCACCUAAUAAUUUCCCGCGAUGUGGUGAUUUCGAUGGUGGAGACUUCGAAACCGGACGUACUUUAAGGGCGAGUAACCCCGCAGCCACGGAUCCGUCAUGGUCGUGGAGAAGUAUGUUUCAACAGAAUUGGCCAACAGCAGCUAGUUCGAAAGCAGUAUUUCAAAACAAAGAAACAUUAAACAUUGAGUUAAACAGAAAUAAAAUAGUCGCAAGUAACGAUAACUCUGCAAGAAGUCAAACCGGAAGUAGGGGAUUCAACGUUAUUCCAGUCUGUGUUUAUUAUGAACUAGUACUUUUAUUGACAAUUAUCAAAUGCGCGUGUUGGAUAUGA